AUGGAAGACGAUCUGUUUGAUGAUUUAAAGGAGCAUGGAAUGUUUGUAGCAUAUGAAAACGAAGAAGACAAACUUUAUGGCGAGCUGAGUGCCUUUGACAUCGAAUAUGUCGAAGCAUAUGUCGGAGGGUCCAAUGAGUUAAAGAAUGCGUUUAUGAAGCAUUUCAAUGUAUCCAGGCUUCCUGUGCUAGUAUUGAACGGACAGCCUGUAUUAGAUGACGUUGAAAAUAAAGUCAAGGAGUACAUAAAGUCAAAAGAUCAAGAUGUUGUGGAGAGGAUUCAAGGAGUCAUCGAUCCAAAUAAGAUAGUCGUUUUUAUCAAAGGGUCUCCUAGGAAUCCAAAGUGCGGAUUUACCAGAUCGCUUAUUGAUACAUUGCUUGAUGUGGGUGUUUCAAUGGACAGCAUCGUAUACUUUGAUAUUUUGCAAGACGAAGACGUUCGCAGAAAGAUGAAGGAGCUCAAUAACUGGCCUACAUUUCCUCAGGUUUAUAUCAGGGGCGAGUUUGUAGGGGGAUUGGAUGUUAUCAAGCAAAUGAAUGCAAAAGGGCAGCUUACCAAGGACUUUCUUGGGAUAUUCUAG